AUGGUGCUGGUCCACCCUCACGGCGCCCUUCCUCCGAGGCCUCUCGGUCCGCUAUUCCAACUACACCGUCGGCUGUUUCUGUCCUUCUUCCUAUGCCUACUUCUUGCGAUCCUUGCCCCCACUGCCUCUGCCCAGCCAGCGCCCAAUGAUCCUCUUCUUGCCACCUUGGACGCCCCCGCCGCUAAUUCGGUUCUCACUGCCGGAAAUGUGGUUGAUAUUGGUGUAAACCUCCCCAAGGCGAGCGAUGCGUCCGUGGUCUACAACUCCCUGGAGGUUUACAUCGUAUCCGCCGAAUUGGACCGUGAUGUUACCGUCCUCACCUCAGCGGACUUCCUGCCUCUGGAUCCCGCGAACCCUUCGAAGCGGGUCUCAUGGCCAGUUGCGACUUGCCUGCCAAAUGGCUCUUAUAACCUCAUGCUCUAUGAGUCGGCUACCAUGGGAACUCAGAACACUUCGGCACCUCGUCCGUCCCCAAAGCUCUGGGACAUCCGGGUCAACGACAGAUUCGGCGUCGUCGUCCUCUCAAUCUUCAUCCGCAUCUGCCUCCAGUUCUGCCGAUGGGUCAUUGACAUCCGAUUCGGCGACGAGCACGGCGGGGUCAUCAUCAUCGUCAAGUGCUACGGAAAGCGUGACCUCCGCCGCUGCAAGCUCAACGUAACAGAUACUGCGACCGCGACGACGACCUCCAAUUCCACUGAGUCCGCGACGGGCACCACAAACAUCACGGCCACCAUCACCCCUGCGCCCAACAGCACGGACACGAGUGCCGCAGCCACCUCGACAGAUGGCGGAGGUAUCAUCACAGUCACUGUGAGUGACGGGGAGAUCACCAUCCCCCUCUCGAACCUGCCGGGGACGAUUGUCGUGGAGCCGUCUGGCGGCGCGCCCGCGGAUAACUCGACUACAACAAGCGUCGGGUCCGGUUUCACGACGAUCUUCAAAACGCUGACGCCCAGUGCAACGACGAUCCUGGUCACGACAGAGGAGACCCUCAUCACUACGGCGCCGGGAGAGACGAUUGGUGUCACCGUGACGCUCGUGUCCACGGUCUCGAUCAUACAGACGCAAGCGUCCAGCCCCGAGCAGGCGGGAUUGCUCCCAGUGAACGCAGCGAGCGCAGAGUCCCUCACGAAGUUAUCCGCUAUGAGGCUUAUGAUUCUGGGUCCACGGCGUAAUGGAGUGAUGAGGGUCCAAGAGGCCCUCGUGCACUAA